AUGCUGAAAACUAUCAAAGUCAACACCAGUCACCGAAGUAGUGUUUUCACUUCUCAGAUCCAAAAGACUCCAGAAACAACCUGCAAGCCUGGACCUGUAGACAGUAGCAGCCAAGGGAAUCCUGGGCAGAAUAACGGCAUCCCUGUUGAUGGCUCAGAUUCAGCAGACUACCUGGUAUGGAUCACUGAUCAUCACUCUUCUUUAAAAAGUAAGUUUACAAAAGUUAUUUUUAUCACUGUAUUGGUCACCUCAAUUUUGGGAGCCGUGGGGAAUGGGAUGGUCAUCUGGCUUCUUGGCUUCUGCAUCAAGAGGAGCCAUUUUACCACCUACAUCCUAAACUUGGCCAUGGCUGAUUCUGGGGUCCUCCUAUCACUUAUGCUUCGUUUUACUUUCUCGUAUGUAUCUAUUUCUUAUUUUGCAUUUCAGAGGUAUUUUGACAUUGUUAUCUUAGUGCUCGUUUCCCUGUUCCUGUUAAUGUACAGCACCAGUCAAUUUCUCCUGACGGCCAUCAGCAUUGACAGGUGUGUGGCCGUCUUCUUCCCGCUUUGGCAUCAAUGCAAGCGGCCCCCGCGUUUGUCCACCAUUGUAUGUGCGCUCAUAUGGGUCUUCUCUCUCUCGCUUACUGCAAGUUCCAUCACUCUCGUGCUCCUUAAUCCAAAUGCAAUACUAAUUAGAAACUUCUUCCAGUUGAUUGUGAAUGCUGCGCUUUGCCUCCCAGUCAUGACGAUUGCCACUGCGUCCCUGUUCCUCAAAGUCCGCGUUAAAGCACGACGGCUUCAGAGGGGGAAGCUUUUGACCGUUGUCUUCCUGACUCUUCUCUUCUUUAUCCUCUUCGCUUUUCCUUAUAACAUCAUGAGCAUCUUCUAUGUUUUUGGCGGUUUAUCAGGAGAUAUAAGAAUCCUUGCGCUUCUAUUGUCCUGUUUGAACAGCAGCGUCAACCCAGUCAUUUAUUUCCUGGUCGGGAAGCAAUGGAAGUCUGGACAUAAGGAGAGCAUGAAGAUGCUCCUCCAGAAGGUUUUCAGGGAGGAAGAAGGCUGUGCGGAGGAAACCCCGGUUGAAACUCAGUUAUGA